AUGGCGGACGUGGAGAUGAAAGAAGCCGCCGGCUCGAAGGGAAAGGCUGUCGCGAAAGGCGAUAGCAGCGACAAGAAGAAGUUUGAGGUCAAGAAGUGGAACGCCGUUGCCCUUUGGGCCUGGGACAUUGUCGUUGACAACUGUGCCAUUUGCCGAAAUCACAUCAUGGACCUGUGCAUCGAAUGUCAGGCUAACCAAGGCUCAUCAACAACUGAAGAGUGUACUGUAGCCUGGGGUAUUUGCAACCACGCAUUCCACUUCCACUGCAUAUCGAGAUGGCUGAAAACCCGCCAAGUCUGCCCACUGGACAACCGAGACUGGGAGUUCCAGAAGUACGGCCGGUAA